CUUCUCGCCACAAAAAACUGGGUCCCCUGAACAAAGAGGAAUCCUUUUGUGAUUUCACAAGACCUUUAUUCGAGAACGGAGAGAGAGAGAUGAAGGCUCCAUACGUCAUCAUCCUCUUGGCAUGCAUCAUUCUCCAUGGCAACGGAGAUGAUAGUGAAGAAGGUUCGGAGGAUGACAGUUCAGAGGAACAAGUGCCAGCCCAAAAUAAUUGUCCAAGAUGCCAUCCAAACCCUGAUCCGAGAUCUACUGUGUGUGGUAUCAUUGGUGGUAUAUAUAGAGGAAUAUAUAGAUCGGAAUGCCACCUUCGACAAGUCGCCUGUUACAAUGGGAAUGCUCAGUCGAGAGUAGUGCAUUGGGCAGAAUGUAUGACACGCCCACCGGUCAAGCCAGUAACACCAACCCGAGUCCCUACUACCAGGAGAAUUAAACCAACUCGUCGUGUUACUCCAGCUCCAACGACAAGGAGAUCGACUCCGGCAACGACCACGACGAUGGCCCCCGUGAUGACGACGCCAUGUCCAGAUUCGUGUGACCUGGUACUAGAGCCGGUAUGCACGACCGUAGGAACCUACCAAAGCGAAUGCACUUUUAAUUUAGUGCGAUGUCGAGGUAUCAUAGCGUCUACAGAAACCAUUCUCUAUAUGGGGAGGUGUAUCGAUACAUCUACAGCGGGCCCGUGAUCGAUCGGAACUAGGGUUCACCCGGAAGUACUACAAACUUAUCAAACUUAUCGUCUUAGACCUAUUCAUCCACCUUUAUCGGACUGAGUUCUUACCUUCCAGCGAAUAAAGAUCAUCUGGACCCUAUCCUAAUAAGACAAUCGAAGGAACUACACAGACCUGUUGGUCAUAUUUAUUGAACUGGUGCAAAAAAUUUGUUUAUAAUGUGGAUAUAUUUUUAUUUAAUAUGGGCAUGGUCCAGGUGCAGACCCUCCAUAAUGUGUGCCUUUAUGUCGACAUGUGGGUUUGUGCGGGUGUGUACAUUUAUGCGUUUGUGUAAAUUGUGUGUACGUGUGUCGAUAUGUACUUAACCAUGAUGGAAAAGGAGGACUCAUACGCGAACUUAAACCGAGGACACAAGUCAUAUAGGAUGUCCUCAAUACGGGGAACCAUUGCUCGAGACGGUCCCAAUUAGAUAUAACAUGUAUAAGAUGUCCUCGGAUGUAGAGUAAAGUUUCAUAUCCAUAUACGAGACCGGCACAAGAGUCUUCGCAUAUGUAAUAACGUAUUUCCAUAAACAAAAAGUGUUUCGAUUUCCGCCAUAAACGCAUUUAAUAAAUAUAUUUGUAUACUACUGAUGUGAGCAGUCAGGAAAGCAAAGUAUACCUUCCUGAGACCCGCGAAUAAAAAGGUUUUUACAGCAUUUAUUUCUAUAAGGCCUAUUUUGGUGUGCGGUAGGACAUGUAGGAUGGAUUUGGAUGUCCAUGUUGGGAUGUGUUUGUAAUUUAAAUGAUAAACUGGACCAAUCGAACCAAGCUAUUGAACCAAGACAUUACCAAAAAAAUGUUUGUGUGUGUAUUUGCAAUGACUCGAUGGCCAACUCGAUGGGAAGGUCAAUAUUGUAAAUAUAUUAGCUUAUAUUCUGGAGUCCAAUUUUACAUGGUCUAACCCUGCGCUGAAAUUAUGGAAAGCCGAACGUGUCAAAAUGAUGUUUACAUUGUGUCUCUUAUACUUGCUGUGCUCUCUCCUUAUUCUUUGAAGCCAACUAUCUUAUUUAUCAUUCCUAGACAGUUAACAAUCAUGAUUUGAGUUGAUUGAUCCUCUACAGUGAGAGGAGUACAGUAUGUCACAUUUGGCUUUCCAUAGUUAAACCACAACUUUAGAACAGAGUUUUUAUCAAACCCGACUUCAGGAUACGGGUCUUGGAAUUGUAUUAAUUCUAAAUUCAUUUCAUGUGGAUGAAGCGUUGAAUGACCUCAGAUGAUGUUAAAGUAUCUCAUAUUUAUUUUACUUAUGGAAAGGUUCAGAUAAACUGUCAGGGGAAUGAAUGUUUUGAAACACUGAAAAAUCGAAUGAAUUUGAAUAUAAACUAUCAAAACGAUGAUAAUAGAAUUUUAAACAUCAUAAAUAUCCCUUUUUUGGUUGAAAAUACAUUGUUCCCACAUCGUGUUGAUAUUGUAAUUACAACGUGUUCACAUUUUGUCCACAGCGUGAUUCACAGUGAAUUUAGUUUGAUCACAGUGCAUUCACUUUCUGAUCACAUUGUCUUCAUAUUGUGUUCACAGUGUAUUCACAGACUGUGUGUUUGCAAGAUGUUUACAGUGUGUUCACAUUGUGUUCUUAGUGUGCUCACAGUGUGUUCAAAGUGUGUUCAGAUUGCGUUCACGUCGCUUUCCUUGGUUUCACAUCGUGUACACGGUGAUUCACAAUUGGAAACGAUCGAAUUGAACACACAGGGGAUGGUGGCACACUGUGGGCAUCUGCUGUGUGUUAAUUACAACAAAGUUACCUCACUACAAAGUUACUAUUUUCAGUUUAAUAAUUCGCAAUCUACUUAGCAAUUGAUAAUACGUGACACAACACUUAAAACUAGCUCUUUCAUCCCGCAAUAAAGGCAAUGUGUGACACACAUUCCAUAUUCUUAUUUUUCAACAAAAAAGACUAUAUCUUUUUGUUAAGUGAAGUUAAUACUUGACUAUAUAUAUAUAUAUAUAUAUCUUGAACGUCCACAUAAAUCCUUAUUUUGUAUGUACGGAAUAUACAGAGAGAAAUUUAUCAAAAUAUAUAAUAAAGGAUAAAUCAAUUAAUUGCUUGCAAUACAUUAUAUUCACCUCUUGAAGUGAAUGGAAACAGUUGCUUAUAAAUGUGUUAUCUCACAUAAUUUUAAUUGUUCAUAAUAUAUUUCAAAAUGAUUCGAUGACACAAAAGAUAAAUCCUUCCAUGCAAUUUACCCUAUAAUUCCUCAACUUUUUGAAAGUAGUGUUUGAAACAAUUGGCAAUAAUUGACCAUAAUUUCAAUCUUCAAGGCGAAUACCAAAUAAGAUGACAUUUCUUAAUUAUGGAGUGUCAAUGACGAAUACUGUGCCCUAAUAUUUAGAUUUUUCAAUUAAAGUUCUUUUUUUUUCAUUUCGAGAACUAAGGUUGUUUUUUUUUUCUAUUAAUAAAACACGUUUAAUAAACAUUUUAUAUUUCGAAUGUUAAAAUGUCUGAUGCAGCACUUCCCCCAAAAAUUGUGAUUGCUUUCACUGAGUCCACAGUUUGAUGUACCACAGUUCUGAGCUCGUAAUCACGAACUAGAUACAAUAAUCAACCAACCGACUAAGAGCCUAAAACAAAUUGCCUUUAUACAUUAUUUGUAAUAUUACCGCAUUUUUACAGUGAUUGCAUUGUCAAUAUAUUAUUUUAAGUGAAUUGUAAAUAUUUUCAAUAAAUAUUAAAAAUGAUGCAAGAACACUUUAUAUCA